UUCAUUUGAUCAUCAUUGAUUGACGAGAGAAAUAGAUUUUUGAUUUUUUUUUGAAAUAUUUAAAAAUGAUUUUUCAACAAAUGUUAAAUUUAACGUCAUCAUCUUUGUUGAUCAUGUUGUUGAUGUUAUUAUUACCGGCGCUAGUGUUAUCAAGUACCAUUGCCAAAAGAGAAAGUGAACAAGAAUCGGAUUCUGAUGAUGGUCUAAUGGAAUAUAAUGAUUGUGGCAACGGUAAUCUUCGUCGACUUAAAGUGGAAGGUUGUGAACCAAAUGAAGAAAAGAAUAGCCGUUUUUGUCUAUUAACACGUGGUUCAAAUGCAUCAUUGGUUGCAAAAUUUAUUGCAGAUAGUGAUUAUCCAACGGUGACAACUAAUGUACGAAUAAAAAUCGGUUUUUUCGAGUUUGGUUAUCCUCCAAUCGAAUAUGAUGCUUGCCAACAUUAUGUUGCAUGUCCAUUGCGUAAAGAAGAAUUGAAUGUCGCUAGAGUUACAUUUCCUAUAAUCAGUUUGGUUCCAAGAUUUGGAAACAUGUUGAUUACCGCACGUCUUUAUGGACCGAAUGGUGAAGUGAUUGUCUGUGGUCAGGCAAAAGCUGGAUUAAUUUGAACACAUAGUGAAUGACAUUAUUAUCAAUUGUUUUAAACUCCAAACUAUUGUUUUUAAUGGUUAAUGUUGAUGUCUGUCUUAAUGUCAUAUGUAAAUCAUUUUUUGUAUAUAUCUUUCAUCUUAUUUUUCAUUUUAAUUUGUUUUGGACACAUAAAACUCAUUUGAAUAGCAAAUUAUGGUUUGUUUGUGUUCA